AUGGCCAUGGCGGUCCUUCAUCGUCUCCCCACUUUCCACUCUGUUUCAUCGAAUAAAAUUCCGUUCUCUUCUCAUUUCCCUUCACCGGGUUCCAUCGUUAUUCAUCUGCAAAAGUGCCGUUGCUCUUCGAUUGUUGCUUGUUCAAUCAAGAGACCCACCAAAGGUAGUAGGAAGGUAAGGGGUGAUGUGGAUCUUUGCAAGGAUAUUAGGGAGUUCUUGUCCAGUGCUGGACUUCCGGAAAAUCACGUGCCUACCACGAAGGAGCUUUUGGGCCAUGGAAGGCAAGACCUUGCAAAUGUAGUCAGGCGCAGAGGGUACAAGUUCAUUAGAAAUCUCCUUUCAACCUCAGCAACAGAAAAAGUCGUUGAAUCCAACAUAGACACAGGUCAGAAUGAGAAGCAGGAAGUUUUCAUUGAUUUAUCGUCAAACGGGAGCAUCCAAGUGGAAGGCUUGCAUAGUUGCAUAGAAACAAAGGAAGAGCUCAAGUCAGAGUCAAAUGCUCUGUCUUUGCAGGAAAAGGUGGCUAAGUUCAUUCAGCAUGGGGAACUGGAUGCAAUUGAAGGCAAGUCCCGAUCAACUUCUACUUCUUUUUUACCUUUCCAUUUUGAUUCUUCGAAGAUAUUACAUAAAUUUGUACCGAGUUUCUUAUGGUUGAUUCUGGUUUCUGUUCCAUUGCAGAAAGUGGAGAAUCGGGAUGAAAUUAGACAUCUCAAAUUCUUGCUGCAUCAGAAGGAAAUGGAACUAACCCAGUUGAAAGAGCAGAUUGAGAAGGAAAAGCUGUCUUUAUCUCUCUUGCAAUCUAAAGCCGAAACAGAGAUAAGCAAAGCACAAGAACUUAUUUCUCAAAAAGAGACCGAAUUACAUGCUGCGGAGGAAACCUUAUCUGGACUAAAGGAGGUGGAGAUUGAUUACUCGGGUGAAGGGGAGACUGUGGAGCUAGCUGGUAGCUUCAAUGGCUGGGAUCAUACGAUAGAAAUGGAUUUACAGCCAUCAUCAAGUGUCACCCACUCGACUGGAUCCAGGUCAUCUCGACUUUGGCGAGCUGUUCUGUGGCUUUAUCCUGGGGUUUAUGAGAUAAAGUUUAUUGUGGAUGGUCAUUGGAAAAUUGAUCCUCAAAGAGAGUCCAUCAACUGGCAUGGUGCACAUAACAACAUCCUUCGAGUCGACAGAUGA